CAGGUUACCGCGGCUCGGCCCCGAGUGGGCUGCGGCCGGGGGAGGGGCGAGAGAUACAUAUGUAUUUCUGUCUCCCUAGCACACCCCCUUCCCUCUAAGCGAUGGCUGAGAGGCGGUGCAUGCAGAUGGGGAGUAAGUUUCCUGAAGGGGAGGGUGGAUGCACGCGCGCGGCCCCGCGCUGCAAAUUUCCACCGGGGAGGGAGAGUGGCUGGAUGCGGAGAGUUUGGAGUUGCUUGCGGCGGAGGGCAGGAAGGGGAGCAGGGCCGGGAAAGGGGGCUGGCGGGCGCUAUAUCUGGGAGUAAGUUUCCAGGAUCAGGAGAGCCUGCACGCUUGCUCGCUACUCUGCUCGCCCCCCAUCUCACCCCCCAAGCGGAGACUGGUCUUCUUGUCGGAUUGCCCAUGCACUUGUUGCAGAAACAGCCAAGGCCCUGGCUCUGGAGGAUGCUGAAGGAGGAAGACAGAAGCAGGACGACCCUGAAGGAUUAAGCCUCUUAAUCCUGAAACAGAAACAGGUCUCCUCUUCCCACCUGCCCAGCAGCAUGAGAGCAGCAUGACUGGCCGGCCGCAGGAGAAGCCCCCAGAGCCAGGCUCCCAACUCAACCAUCUGCUGCGGAGGUCAAGGUGUGAGCGGCAUCUCUUCCCCACGCUGGUGUUUGCUCCGUACCUCAGCCCGGGCGAGGAUGUAAAACCCGCCGCUCUGCACAUGAGUGGUACAGGCCAACAGGAACACCUGGCUCCAGCCGCAUUCACAGACAUGUCAGCCGUGGAGUAGUGUGGACGCUUUCUCUCAGCUUCUCAGGGUUUCAGUCCUUUUGGGUUUGUUUCAUUUACCUUUUUUUAUGGUUUUGUGGCUGGACGUGCACGACCAAGGCGGGCACCAUGGGGGAUCAGCAGCUGUACAAGACCAACCACGUGGCCCACAGUGGUGAGAACCUUUUCUACCAACAGCCACCACUUGGGGUCCAUGGCGGGCUGAACCACAACUAUGGGAAUACAGUCACAGGGGCUGCCAUGGAUGCCCCUCAGGCCUCACCCAUCUCUCCCCACUUCCCUCAAGAUACUCGAGAUGGUCUAGGCUUGCCUGUUGGCUCCAAAAACCUUGGCCAAGUGGAUACCUCGAGGCAGGGAGGGUGGGGAGGCCAUGCAGGGCCUGGAAACCAUGUCCAGCUACGUGGCAACCUGACCAACUCAAACAUGAUGUGGGGGGCACCGGCCCAGGCUGAGCCCACCGAUGGCUACCAAUACACCUACUCCCAGGCCAGUGAGAUCCGGACUCAGAAGCUCACCAGCGGUGUCCUGCACAAACUAGACUCUUUCACCCAGGUGUUUGCCAACCAAAACCUGCGAAUUCAGGUCAACAAUAUGGCCCAGGUGCUGCACACCCAGUCAGCAGUGAUGGAUGGGGCCCCGGACAGUGCCCUCCGCCAGCUGCUGUCCCAGAAGCCCGUGGAGCCCCCAGCACCGGCUAUACCUUCCCGCUACCAGCAGGUGCCCCAGCAGCCUCACCCUGGUUUCACUGGUGGGCUGUCCAAACCAGCGCUUCAGGUUGGGCAGCACCCUAGCCAAGGGCACAUGUAUUAUGACUACCAGCAGCCACUGGCUCAGAUGCCAGUGCCGGGAGGACAGCCACUGCAGGCCCCACAGAUGCUGUCCCAGCACAUGCAACAGAUGCAGCAGCACCAGUAUUACCCACAGCAGCAACAGCAGCAGGCUGGGCAGCAGCGUAUGUCGAUGCAAGAAAUGCAGCAGCAGCAGCAGAUUCGCCCACCACAGCCUCAGCAGCAGCAGCAGCAACAGCAGCAGCAGCAGCAGCAGCAGCUGCAGCUCCAGCAGCGGCAGGGUUCAAUGCAGAUACCUCAGUAUUAUCAGUCCCAACCCAUGAUGCAGCACUUGCAAGAGCAGCAGCAGCAACAGAUGCACCUGCAGCCCCCUUCUUAUCACAGGGACCCCCACCAGUACACCCCAGAGCAGGCACACGCUGUCCAGCUGAUUCAGCUGGGCUCCAUGCCCCAGUACUACUACCAGGAGCCCCAGCAGUCCUACAGCCACGCCCUCUACCAGCAGAGCCACCUGCCUCAGCACCAGCAGCGGGAGGACAGUCAGCCCAAGACUUACCCCAGCGACAGGCAGGCCCAGGCCAUGCUGAGCUCCCACGGGGACCUGGGGCCUCCUGAUGCAGGAAUGGGAGACCCAGCAAGCUCGGAUCUGAACCGGGUCAGCAGUGCCCUCCCCCAUCGGCCGCUCCUGUCCCCCAGUGGGAUCCACCUCAACAACAUGGGGCCUCAGAACCAGCAGCUCUCUCCCAGUGCCAUGUGGCCCCAGAUGCACCUACCUGAUGGCAGAGCCCAGCCAGGGUCCCCUGAGUCAAGUGGCCAACUAAAAGGAGUGUUUGGGGAACAGUUUGAUGCCAAGAACAAGCUGACGUGCUCCAUCUGCCUGAAGGAGUUCAAGAGCCUGCCUGCGCUGAAUGGCCACAUGCGGUCCCAUGGGGGAAUGAGGGCUUCCCCCAGCCUCAAACAGGAGGAAGGAGAGAAGGCCCCGCCGCCUCAGCCCCAGCCGCCACUGCCGCCUCCGCCUCCGCCGCCACCGCAGCUCCCUCCCGAGGCAGAAAGCCUCACGCCCAUGGUCAUGCCCGUGUCUGUCCCUGUCAAGCUUCUCCCGCCCAAGCCCAGCUCUCAGGGCUUCGCCAACAGCGUCGUUGCCGCCCCCUCCGCCAGAGACAAGCCAGCCAGCUCGAUGUCGGACGACGAGAUGCCCGUGCUCGUGAGGAUGACCCUCUCUCCCCCACACUCCCCCCAAGGGGCUGCCCCCCGCACGCCUGCUGAAAUUCCCAGGAAGCAUCAGCCGGGCGCGGCCAAAGCUGAGGAGCCCCACAAGACCGCGGCGCCCGAGAAGAAGAAGUUCCGGCACCGGCCCGAGCCGCUCUUCAUCCCGCCACCGCCCUCCUACCACCCGAGCCCCGCCGCCUCCUACUCGGGCGCCACCCUGUACCAGAGCCAGCUGCGCUCCCCGCGCGUGCUGGGGGACCACCUGCUCCUGGACCCCGCGCACGAGCUGCCCCCCUACACGCCCCCGCCCAUGCUCAGCCCGGUGCGCCAGGGCUCGGGGCUCUUCAGCAACGUCCUCAUCUCCGGGCACGGCCCCGGCGCCCACCCCCAGCUGCCCCUCACGCCCCUCACGCCCACGCCGCGCGUGCUGCUCUGCCGCUCCAACAGCAUCGAUGGCAGCAGUGUGACAGUCACCCCAGGGCCUGGAGAGCAGACGGUUGACAUUGAACCACGCAUCAACAUUGGCUUGAGAUUCCAAGCAGAGAUCCCAGAACUCCAGGAUGUCUCUGCCCUGGCCCAGGACACACACAAGGCCACCCUGGUAUGGAAGCCCUGGCCAGAGCUAGAAAACCACGACCUCCAGCAAAGAGUGGAGAAUCUCCUGAAUUUGUGCUGUUCAAGUGCAUUGCCAGGUGGAGGGACCAAUUCUGAAUUUGCUUUGCACUCUCUCUUUGAGGCCAAAGGUGAUGUGAUGGUUGCUCUGGAAAUGCUGCUGCUGCGGAAGCCAGUCAGGUUAAAAUGUCAUCCUUUAGCAAAUUACCACUAUGCCGGUUCAGACAAGUGGACCUCCCUAGAAAGAAAGCUGUUUAAUAAAGCACUAGCCACUUACAGCAAAGACUUUAUUUUUGUACAGAAGAUGGUGAAGUCUAAGACGGUGGCUCAGUGUGUGGAGUACUACUACACGUGGAAGAAAAUUAUGCGGUUGGGGCGGAGGCACCGGACACGCCUUGCGGAAAUCAUCGACGAUUGUGUGACGAGUGAAGAAGAAGAAGAGUUAGAGGAGGAGGACCCAGAAGAAGAUAGGAAAUCCACAAGAGAAGACGAGAGCGAAGUGCCAAGGUCCCCAGAGCCGCCGCCAGGCCCCAUCCUGGCUCCCACAGAGGGGCCGCCCCUGCAGGCCCUUGGCCAGCCCUCGGGCUCCUUCAUCUGUGAAAUGCCCAACUGCGGGGCUGACUGUAGAUGUCAUGUCACUCCCUUUCUUCCCCAGGUGUUCAGCUCUCGACAGGCACUGAACGGCCAUGCCCGCAUCCACGGUGGCACCAACCAGGUGACCAAAGCUCGGGGUGCUGUCCCCUCUGGGAAGCAGAAGCCUGGCAGCGCCCAGAGUGGGUACUGCUCGGUGAAGAGCUCACCCUCUCACAGCACCACCAGCGGCGAGACAGACCCCACCACCAUCUUCCCCUGCAAGGAGUGUGGCAAAGUCUUCUUCAAGAUCAAAAGCCGAAACGCGCACAUGAAAACUCACAGGCAGCAGGAGGAACAGCAGAGGCAAAAGGCUCAGAAGGCAGCUUUCGCGGCUGAAAUGGCAGCCACAAUCGAAAGGACUACGGGGCCAGUGGGGGCGCCCACGCUGCUGCCCCUGGACCAGCUGAGCCUCAUCAAACCCAUCAAGGACGUGGACAUCCUCGACGAUGACAUGGUCCAGCAGUUAGGAGGCGUCAUGGAAGAGGCUGAGGUUGUGGACGCCGAUCUCCUCUUGGAUGAUCAAGAUUCAGUUUUGCUUCAGGGUGACACGGAACUGUAAAGCCCUGUUUGUCACUUAGAGACAGCGAAAACCCACGGCCUCCAUCUUCAUUAAUCAGGAAACCUGGACUGACUGCUUGUUUUGUAACCAUUUUAAACUACCUGUUUAAAAAGUGGUCGUUUUCUUGCAGUUUAGAAAAAAAAUUCCAGUUUCUUUUCCUUUUAUUUAAAAAAAAAUUUUUUUGUCGUUUUUGCAGGAGGUUAGGGGGAAUAAAUAAUUGGCACAACUCUAUUUAAGAGGUGUUUCAUCUGGGCUACAUUCCCGUGAAAUCAUUCCUGGCAGGGAAUGAACCUGACAUUCGUGUUCUUUGGCUUUCAGAUGUCAACCAUCCUGACUGCCUUUUAUCCCAAAGCUUGCAGUGGGUGGGUGUAUGUGUGUGUGUGCAGCAGGCUGCCCUCUUCAUGCUGGGGCUUUGGGCCAUCCUCUCCCACCAAGAGUUAUUUUUGUUCUGACCUCCUUCCGUAGUUUGCGGUCGCUUGGCGCACUCUAUGCUAGGGGGUAGCUUUCCAGAGAGCAAAGCAAGCUCUCGUGGUCCAUGGCUUUCCUCUAGCACACACGUCAUUUGAAAAGGUGACCAAAUGUGAAAAUAACUUUUCUCCCUGCCUUGUCUGUCACUCAUUGGCCUGUUUCUCGGAACUGAGUACUGUAUGAUUUCCAGCUUGCACUCCACUGCAGGGAUUUUCUAAAGACCUGGUUCAUAGAGCAAGUGUGUCCUCUUCCACGUUCCCUGGAGAUCAGUUGGCUCUGAGUUGUGGGUUCACAGAACCGUGUUUCAGCGUGAGCCACCUGGGGACCCACCUGGAGGAAGAUGAGCCCAACAUUAAGUUGCUAGGGCUGUCUGUUGGGAGGGUGGUCGAGGGGCACACAGAGAAGUAUCUGGAAUGCCAAGAAGUGUUCUUUUGCCCAAAAACUAGAUCGAAGAACCCAUUCCUUUUUGCACUACUGUUAAUCGUCAGUGGAGUUCUGAAAUUCCUUUGUGCCACUUGGAAGUACCGUGAAACCUCAUUCACUGGGAUUUUGCUGUAAUUUUCUUGUGCUGGAAGGAAGUUUACCUUGACGCUAGCUACACGAGAAAGGAUUUUCUAACAAAUUUGAUAGCAAAUACAAGGGAAAUAGCAUUAAAGGCCAAUAAAAAUGGCUUCAGAUAUCAUUUCAGCUACAAUGUUUGCAUUCAAACAAUGAAUGUAUUCAUUAAAGUCAUUUACCAAAGCACUUCUAGAAUCUCCAAGCCACAUAACUCUGCUUCCUCCUGUCCCUGUAGCAGGGUUCCUGUUUGUACUUGAAGGUAAUAAACCUGUAAUCCUUCAAAAAUGACUUUUAGCUCAGGCUUUUGAGCUGAGUCAGACUGCCGCAGCCCACGGGGGCAAAUGAGCGUGCGCCUUCAGACUGGGAUGCAGCCCCAGCGCAAGCAGACUGCUUCUGGGGGCUCACCCUCAGCGUUAAUGCAUGACUUCCAGAGCAGAGGCUUUCAAGCCUUGCUCCAUCCCAGGUAGGCUGGUUCCCCAGCUCGUGCAGGUGUGGCGAUCAUGCCAGGCCACUUUGCUGGCACAUUAAUAGCUUGACAUUAGAGUGUCAGCGGAAGCAUGAGGACAGGCCUCGAGCACCCUUUGAGUUUGUCUCUGCAAAAGCAUUUUGCGCACACUCAUGGCCCGCAGCGGCCCCACACAGACAGUGUUCUCUGAAUCUCAGGAAAGCCACAGACAGAAGAUACAUUCAAAGGUUCUUUUCAUUUCCAUCACUCUGUUUUCAGAAAAGAGGUUUUGGAGGUUUCCUUCAUCUUUUCUUUAGGGAAAAGAAAAGGGUGUUUUAUUUGCUGCCAUUUCAGACAGACGAUUCUGUCUUAUGUUUUGAGUUCAGAACUGCGUGGGCCGUGUGCAUCAACUUUGUGGCAGAACUAUUCCACAACCAUUCCAGCUGUAGUAUCAGCUGAUCUCAUCUGUUCCAGCGACUACUUCCCUCCUCUUGCGGGUGUAUGAGAGUGAUUCUGGAAUGAUUCUGCUAUGGGGUCUAGGAAAGCUUAUCUAUCAAAGGAGCAAACAGCCAGAAAACUGUUUAUAAAGCAAAUGUGUUCAUUCUGUUUGGAGACUUGCCCAGCCGUUCCAGUUUUAAACAUUAAAAAUAAACUGAGUUGCCAAGGCAAAAACAUAAUGCACAAUUUAAUUUUGAUUUUCCAUGCAGUAUAGUGUUUAAGCAUUUUUGACUUGAAAUAACCAAAGAACUCCUCCUUAAAGAGACAGUUCAAAUUCCUGAAUUAGUGUUUCUUGACAAUAUCAACUUAAAGAAUUGACUUCAUAGUAAAAUAUUGCACUUAUUUUUUUUCUGAAAUGAUUCUGCCUGCAUGUCUGUGAUGUGUUUUAGCUUCCCCCCGACUCCUCCCCCCUUCAAAGAACUUUUCUUCCUAACGGUUAACGUCUUCAACACAAUUACUGUUUACUAUAGGUGGUUUUUCAUUAGUGAAUUUAGACCUCUUUGAGAAAGCUUGUAUAUAAAAAGUUAACAGAUAUAUUUUAUGGAAAAACUCAUCUUAUUUUCAAAUAUAUUUAACUGCUGUUAUAUUUUAUUAGAGGAAGGUUGUAAAUAUUUUCUAGGAGUUCUAUUGUAAAGAAAAGUAUUUUUGAAAAAAAUUAAUGUAAUAAAAAGGAAAACAUUUUUAAAUAGUGCUUGUGAUUGCUUCCUGUCCUGGCUUCGUUAUGUUCUAUUCUCAGCAAAUGACUUGCAUGCCUUCUCAUUUCAGGAUGUAAUUUAUUCAGGUUUGCACUAUUAUAAGUUGACAUCAUAAUAUCUAGUGUGCUUAACUGUAUCUUCCCCGGAAUGCAGGUCCCUUGGUCCAUAUCAAAAGCACUAUGUAUAGCAUAUUCAUAAUUUUUCUUUUGUAUGUGUGUAUUUUUAAUAAGGAUUUUAUGUAACAUUUUGGCAAAAAAAGAGGACAGUAUUUUCUAGUGAAUUUUAUAAUACAUUUUGCUAAAAAUGUUUCUUCCUAGGUCAGUUUUUGUUAAGGUGAACCAAAAGUCUUAUUUUACCAGGGGUUUAAAAAAAAGUUUGAAGCUUGAAAGCAAAGUUAUAUUUAAACAUCAUAUGUAACAAAUAAAUAAAGAUGUUUUAUAGCCUUGUCCUAAAAAGGUGCAUUCCUUAAAAACAAAAACAACUGGGGCAUUCUAGGUUGGUUUUCCCCCAAGUGAUAAGCAUUUUUCUCAAUUGUCACAAUGAUUUUUUUCAGAAAGAAAGCCAGGAGAAUUUUACUUACAAGGUUCCAGUCAUUAGCCCUCUCGGGAAUUUAUUACACUUCCUAUAGAUAGUCCUUCAUCAAAUAGAGAUGUAACCAAAUAGACACUGUCAUAUUUAUUUGUGAAAACCUGAUUCAAUAUUGCAUCGGCUG